UCGCCCCUUACUCUCACUGUUGCGAUCACCACAGCAUGCCCCAGCUGAUCCCAGACUAUCCAGGGCAUAAGCCACCCAGGUGGCGCUGUCUACGCUCUUUUCUUCCAGUGAUAGUCCUUAUCCUCCUCUUCUCCUUCUUUCUCUCCUCGUACUCGCUCCUUUCACAUUCAAAAAGCCCUGCAGCAAAGCAGCAAAUAGGUUGGCAGUCAUGGGAUGUAGUCGAUAUGACGUCUCAGACAGAAGUAGAAGGUAACGAAGAUGAUGAAAAUGAAACUGGGAACAGUAACGGAACGGAAACGACGUUUAUCCCAAGUAUACCUCUUGAUAAUUGGGACCCUUUAGCCAUGCACUCUACUGGAUUGACAGAAAUCGCUGUCAAAUCUUGCUACUUCCCCCCGGAAAUCUUUCCAUCAUUCUGCGCACCUGAAACGACUCCAGAGCUUGACAAAACAAAGGGGAAAUGGGUUAUCGUUGAAAAAGAUUUGAACGUGAGAAGCGGUUUAUGGUACCUCAAUCUCUACUACCGCCGCACCCGACGAUUGGAUGCCAAGCUCAUUACCGAUAUCAAAGUAUUAUCUCAUCCCCCGGAGAAUGAAGAGCAAUUGUAUGAGGACGGAUGGGUCUUGGCUUCCGGGGAUCUCCACAGCGGCGUUUGGCCCAAGCAGACUGAGAUGAGACUCUGGUAUAAACUGGGCUACCAGGGCUCAGAUGAUUGGAAAAUGGAGAGCAAAAGGCGAGAAGAGGAUGAUGAUUCAGCGAUGGAUGGAGUAGCAGAAAGUUCUGAAACGGAGUCUUCUGGCGACCAGGAUGAAGGCUCAUCCAGUAGCGGAGAAGUUCAAGAGAUCGAUGAGGGAUCAAAAACCACGGGGUCAUAUGGAGACUUUAUCAACGAAAUUGAUGUGCUCUACGGCGAUGAUGACCCAUUUUUCGGUUUUGAAAGAGUGCAAGGCGGGCCUGUGUUAAAGGAAGAGAAAGGAAAGUGGGAGACAGUGGAUAUCACAGUACGACGUGGCAAUCCAAGGCCUCCCCGAGCUACUGUUCCGACUUUCCACUCCGAUGGAACUUUGAAGAUUAUGCAGAUUGCGGACUUGCACUAUUCUGUUGGGACUGGAGAGUGCCGAGAUACUGACAUUGAGGGCUGUGUUGGAGAUGCAAAUACCGCUGCAUGGCUCGCAGAAGCCUUGGAUGCAGAGAACCCUGACCUGGUGGUCUUCUCUGGCGAUCAGCUCAAUGGACAACGGACAAGUUAUGAUGCAAGAUCUGUGCUUGCCAAGUUUGCAAAACCCGUCAUUGAGAGAGAAAUUCCGUGGUGUGCUGUGUUUGGCAACCAUGACAGUGAGAUCUACGCCGAUAGGGAUUACCAAAUGAAAACAUUGGAAAAUAUGCCUUACUCCUUAUCUCGAGCCGGACCUAAAAGCGUUGAUGGAGUAGGCAAUUACUACAUCAAGCUUCACUCCAGCGAUGCAUCAAACAUGCAUAUCUUCACACUCUACUUCCUUGACUCCCAUGCCUAUCAAAAACGGACGUUACCAUGGGUUAAACCCGAUUAUGAUUACCUCAAAACAUCUCAAAUUGACUGGUACCGCAAUGUGUCGUCUUCCAUCAAACCGAUUGAACGCCCAUUCAAGCCUGACGGUGCAGACGAUCUGUCCGGUAUCUGGUCCCGCCGUUCUCAAGCUUCACGUUUACCUCGCGACGGCUCUCAGACUCUCGCCAAACCCAACGCAAUGAUGUGGUUCCAUAUCCCUCUUCCGGAGGCUUACAACGACCCUGACCAGUCGUUAAUGGGUGAGCUCGACGUGGGUGUUCAAAUGGAUGUGGCUGGCAGUUCGAAGCAUAAUUCAGGCUUUUUCUACAACGCCAUCAAAACUACCUACGAUCGCGAGGAAGCCGAGGGCUAUUUUAGUAAGAAGACUGCGGAGGUUAAGGUACUGAGUCAUGGCCAUUGUCAUAACACCGAUCGGUGCCGAAGGGUGGAUGGCAUUUGGAUGUGCUUUGACGGCGGAUCAUCUUUUUCAGGUUAUGGUCAGCUAGGAUUCGAUAGGCGAGUUCGACUUUACAGGAUAUCAGAAUACGGAGAGAAGGUGGAGACAUACAAGAGAUUGACAAGUGGAGAAAUUAUCGACGAGCAGGUGCUGGUCGGCGAUGGAGCAGCAGAGGGUGUUGGCCAAGACCAGAUAUAAAGCAUAGGCAUAGCACUUGCUAGGUAUGGUCAUGAACCUGUUGUAUGUACUUUGCAUAGGAUCGAUGGCGUACAGGUACCUACGGAAAAUAAUGUA